AUGCCGUCCAGAAUCUACAGGUCACCCUAUCCCCCGGUCAAGUUGAUCGAUAGCGAUCUCUUGACCUACCUUUUUUCGAAUCCGAAAAACACACCAGACGAUAAACCGAUAUUUAUCGAUGCAGUCACCGGAGCGCAUCGUACCUAUGGAGACAUCAAACGAAGGUCUCGCUCACUUGCGCACGGUCUGCGAGAGUUAGGAGUAAAGCCCAAAGAUAUUGUUGCACUGUUCAGCCCCAACAGUAUCGACUACGCUAUUCUCUGCUAUGGCAUUAUAGGUUGUGGUGCUACCGUGUCGCCGGUCAGCGCAGCAUACACGCCACUGGAAUUGGAAGCGCAACUCGAGACCAGUGGCGCCAGAUUUCUGAUAGCCCAUUCUUCGCUCCUCCAAACGGCCGAGCAGGCGAUCAAGUCCAAUCCGGCCAUCCAGAUCAUUCAAGCAGAUGGAGUUCGCGACAAGAAGGGCAAGUCGACCGCUGAAGCUCUCGCUUCAGACUGUCCACCCAGCCCACUCGUCAGCAUUGAGCCAAGUGAGGCUGAGGAUCGGCUCUGCUUCAUGUGCUUCUCUUCGGGAACCACGGGACGAGCAAAGGGCGUCAUGACAACACACAAGAAUCUCACGUCCAAUAUGCAGCAGUGGGACGCCCAGCUGCCCAGCGAGACCACGGGGAAAUCGACCACGGUAGCAUUUUUACCAUUCAGCCAUAUCUACGGUCUCACCUCCUUUAUUGCUAUUAACACGUUCGUGGGCAAUACCGCUGUCGUCCUGGCUCGUUUCGAUCUGGAAGUGUUCUUGUCGAGCUGCCAGAAAUAUCGGCCUGAAAUGGUCAACGUGGUUCCACCAGUUAUGUUGUUGAUGGCCAAGCACCCGUUGAUGCAGAAGUAUGAUCUAAGCAGCCUGCAAAGAGUGUUCUCUGCUGCAGCUCCGUUGAGUGUGGAACUUCGACAGGCCGUGGAAGCACGGUUCAAGGAGCUGUACGGGACAAACAUAUUGGGGCUGCAGGCGUGGGGCAUGACUGAGACAAGUCCGUUGGGCGCAGCAGUUCCUCCCAGCCGACCGGACAAGAGACACACGGUCGGGUGCAUCACACCCAACAUGGAAUACAGAGUGGUCGACCCAGAGACCAUGCGGGAUACAGGGUACGAGCCAGACGGGUCUGCAGUGCCAGGAGAACUGUGGCUUCGCGGGCCGAAUGUGACCAAGGGUUAUUAUCGAAACGAAGAGGCUACGAAGAGCGGUGUCGCAACCGACGAGGACGGCAAGCUCUGGUUCCGGACUGGAGACAUAGGCACCAUUGACAAAGACGGGUUCCUGACCAUUGUCGACAGGAUCAAGGAGAUGUUCAAGUACAAGGGUAUGCAAGUCAUCCCGUCAGAGCUGGAGGGCAAGCUCUUGGAACAUCCCGACGUCGAAGAUUCCUGCGUUGUCCCGCAGUGGGUUGAAGAACAGGCGACCCAUGUUCCGGUCGGCUUCGUGGUGAUCAGUGCGAAAGCGAAGGCCAGGGGCCAGGAGAAUGUUGUUGCCGACAUUAACAAGUGGUUGAAUGCAAGGGUUGCCAACCACAAGAAACUGAGAGGCGGCAUCCAUGUCAUUGACGCCAUUCCCAAGUCGCCUUCAGGAAAGAUUCUGCGGCGAGAACUGGUUGGUAUGCUGAAGGCGUCGAGUGCAAAGACAGGAUCAAGGCUGUGA